UUUACUUCCUCUCCGGACUGCCUGCUCUCUCCCGAAUCCUCCCGUGCGCUGCCUGCCCCCGAGAAAACCUAGCCGCCGCCGGUACGCCGCCGCCGCCGGUACGCCGCCGCCGCCACCGACGCGCUCCGGCUGGCCCCGCUCUGCUCGCCUCCUCCUCCUCCGACGCGCUCCGUCUCUGGCUCGCCUCGGCUUCGACUCCCCCUCUCGCCCUCGAUCGGCUCGCGAGUUCGCCCGCCCGCCCGCCGCGCGCCUGCGCCGAUCUCCAUCCCGCGAGACGGGAGCAGUGCCGCCACCCCCGCUGCUUCCGCCGCCCCGCCGGUAAGACUCCCCGAAAGAACUCCUGAUACAGUGGAAGCCAUGGCGAAGCCUCACGGCGGCGGCGGCGGCAUCCUCGAUCUCGAGCGGCACUACGCCUUCUACGGCGCGUACCACAGCAACGCCGUCAACGUGUUCAUCCACACGCUCUUCGUCUGGCCCAUCUUCCUCACCGCGCUCUUGCUCCUCCACGUCACCGCGCCGUCCGCGCACGCCGCCACGGCCGCUGCCGCGAUCUACGGGGCGUUCUACCUCACCCUCGACCGUCGCGCGGGGGCCCUCGCCGCGCUCCUCUGCUUCCUCUGCUGGGCCGCCAGUGGCGCCCUCGCCUCCCGCCUUGGCUUCUCCGCCGGAUGGAAGGUCGUAUUGGUAGCUCAGCUGUUCUGUUGGACCAUGCAGUUCAUUGGCCAUGGUGUCUUUGAGAAGCGAGCGCCUGCUCUCCUUGACAAUCUUGUACAAGCUUUCUUGAUGGCCCCAUUCUUUGUGCUUCUAGAGGCUCUUCAUAAGUUUGUUGCAUACGAACCAUAUCCUGGCUUCCACGCCAAUGUGGGCAAGUUGAUCGUCCAGGCCCGCAAGAAAUGGAAGGAGGAGAAAGCAAAGAAGAUGACAUGAAGUGUGACUGGCAAGUGGCAAUUUGAUUAGAUGGAACUGUGUUAACAUGUCGCUAUCAACGGGUGGUCCUAUCUUUUUUUUUUUAUCAAACGGGUGGUCCUAUCUAUGUUGUAUCUUGUAUAGAUUGUUAUGCACUUUCUAGUCUGGUUGUAUACAUUACUGAAGAAUACAUAAUAUGGAUGAUAACUAUGAACUGCUUCUGAUA